AUGGUCUCUCCAGAACGGCAGCUAUGGAUCAAGGUGGAGUCCAACGCCUGGCUGGCCUUCGGACUUCGUAAACGAUAUAUCAAAAGAGCUCCCGUAAAGACCAUACGCAAGACUUGGGCCAACUUGACCGAGCCUGAGAAGGUCGCCAUCGGCGUUCUGUUGACCACAAACCAGGCUCGCGAAGACAACCUGACAGAAGUCGAAAAUGCACUUCCUCCCAGACCAGAUGAUGAUGCAGGCGCCCGGGUGGACAAGACCAACUACCUCACUGCGCUGCGAGACCUCAGAAAUGCCACUGCGCGAGCUGCUCUCAGCACUGUGGCGCUGAGCCAAGGUCGUGCACUGCAUGUCGAUCCAUACAAUUGUGCCGCCAGGUUACUCGCACGGUAUACGACGCUUCUCGCUUCCGACACGCAGUUGACUGCGCAGAUCAACAACUACUGGUCUGGCCUGCGAGGGCCGGCAGACACUCCGCCUCCCUCUCAAGGUGGCGAUGCAGCGAAUUCCACCGCCUUGGACAUGCCACCUGCUCCCACUGACUCUUGGCUUGGUGGCUUUGCUCUCGGAAGAGGUGGGCAGGCGAUACCUGGCGUGUACCUAAGACAGAACAGACACGGCCAAAUCAUGGACCGUGUGUGCGUCAAAGAUGCCGUGUGGCCUUAUGACCCUGAAUCGGCGGAAGAGAUGCAUUCGUUGUGGGAUCCCGACGUCGCUCCCGAUGUAUUCAAUCACGAUUUGAAGCAGCCGUCGGAGAUUGGCGCCUUGAUCAGACUCAAUGCGUUGGCCGGAUCGAACAGCAUCAUCAAGCUCCGCAAUUGGCACCGUAUCUCUCGGAACAAUCGAGUAUACCAGUACCGCAUGUAUCUGGAGUGGUGCAGCUUUGGUGACUUGUACGGGCUUUCUCGAAAGUACACGCCGUAUGCAGACAUUCGUCGGGUGCCACGGCCAGAGGACCCUCUCGAGGAGGACUGGUUACCGGAGGCCUUCUUGUGGUCCUGUUUGGAGAGCCUCGCCGAGGCCGCUUUGCUCAUGGAGACUGGCAGCUUGCUGUCACUUCAGUUUCCGUGGUCACAGAUCAUACAUGCAGAUCUAAAGCCUGAGAAUAUAUUCUUGGCCUCCAAUAUCACCAAUCGAUAUCCCGGCUAUCCAACAAUCAAGCUCGGAGACUUUGGACUAGCGAAUAUCAUAUCGCAUGAUGGAAACAGAGUGCUCCCUCCUGCUCGAUAUUACCAGGGAACCGAAAAAUGCCGAGCCCCUGAGCAAGUCGACAACACACAGCCAGUCAACGAGCAGACCAACGUCUGGGGUAUCGGCGUGGUUAUGUGGGGCCUGAUGAAUUCAAGGACUAAUGCGCUCCAGUUCUAUACCAGAACCGUUGAUCCCGGUCCACCUGUAGUGGUGACUUGGGUCCCUACCAACCCACGAAGUCCUGAUGUGGUCUGGUCUCCAGAUCACGUCUCACGGUAUAGCGGCGUGCUCAGAAGAUUGGUUCUCGAAUGCUUGGAGCCUGUACCUGACGAUCGGCCUUCGCCUGCUAUUUUAUUGGCCACGAUCAGAGCGGCCACCAGGUCAGAUACUGCCCGCGAUCGUGCUAGUGGGCUCAGAAACGCAGACAGGAAUGAUGAGAGGUGGCUGAGUGAUGCCCACAGUCUCAAGCUAUCUGCUGAAAGAUAUCCUCAUCAUGCACAGCUCUCACUACACAUGGACGAUGCGCCAGAACCAGACAAGACCGUGACGGCAGUAGGGCCGGGCGGAGAUGGUGUCUUUGGGCCCAUUCCUGUAGGUGGAGUCAUCCAUACAGAGUAGACAUUUCAGUAAAUGGGACGAUUGGAUCUCCGAGCGAUGGCGUUGUUCUUUUCACGGCGGCUCAAGUCCAAAUUCAUGAGUGUACGGCGAAUUGGCAGAUCUGGAUUUGACGAACAAAGAACGAUCGGAUGCGGCCUGUUGUUGGGUGGACAUGGCGAUUGCUCUUCGCACGUCGCC